UGCGGUGAAUAAAACGUUAUUGCUUUUAAGAGAAAUGGAAUCCAUUUCCAAGGCCUGUAAGAAGCUCAUGUUUUUCCCGCCAUAUCAACUAAUUAAAAAACAUGUUUAUUCAAUGCAAUCUUCUUCAUCUUUGCUUAAUGAAUUCACCGCCUACUGUCACCAAAGAGACCUUCCCAGAGCCAUGAAUAUCUUAUCAAUUAUGCACACACACAAUAUAUAUGCAGAUUCUGUCACCUACUCCGAGCUCAUCAAAUGUUGCAUCUCCCGAGGCGCUAUUCGUGAAGCUAAAAUUGUCCACAAUCAUGUUUUCUCAAAUGGGUACAGACCCAUGACAUUUCUUAUCAAUGUUUUUGUCAGUAUGUAUGUCAAGUUUAAUCUUCUGGAUGAUGCACAAAAACUGUUUGAUCAAAUGCCUGAAAGAAAUGUGGUAUCGUGGACGACAAUGAUUGCGGCUUUUACUAAUGUUAGGGAUUAUGACAAGGCUAUUGGGUUUUUGAUUUUAAUGCUUAGGGAUGGGGUUAGGCCUAAUAGUUAUACUUUUUCUAGUGUUUUGAGGGCAUGUUGUAAGUUGUCAGAACUUAGACAAAUUCAUUGUGGUAUAGUUAAGUAUGGGUUGGAGUCUGAUGUGUUUGUGAGAAGUGCUUUGGUUGAUAUAUAUUCGAAAUGGGGUGAUCUGGUGAAUGCUGAGCGGGUUUUUUCUGAAAUGCCUACGGGAGAUCUCGUUGUUUGGAACUCUAUCAUUGGUGCGUUUGCUCAGAAUAAUGAGGGAGAUGAAGCUUUGAGUCUUUUUAAGAAAAUGAAAAGAUGUGGUUUUUCAGCUGAUCAAGCAACUCUAACUAGUACUCUGAGAGCCUGCACAGGAUUGGCGUUAUUGGAACUUGGACAACAAAUCCAUGUUCAUGUACUAAAGUUUAAUCAAGAUUUAACUCUUAAUAAUGCACUUAUGGAUAUGUAUUGCAAAUGCGGCAAUUUGGAAGAUGCACAACGUGCUUUUAGUCGGAUGUUAAAUAAGGAUGUUAUCUCGUGGAGUACCAUGAUCAUGGGUUUAGCACAAAAUGGGUUUAGUCAGAAGGCUCUGGAAAUGUUUGAAGCAAUGAAAAAGGCGGGUAUUCGACCAAACUAUGUCACAAUUCUUGGUGUUCUAUUUGCUUGUAGCCAUGCUGGACUUGUAGACAAAGGGUUGUACUACUUUAAUUCAAUGCAAAAACUUUUUGGUAUUGAACCUGGAAGAGAGCAUUAUGGUUGUGUCAUUGAUCUUCUUGGAAGAGCUGGAAAGCUUGAUGAGGCCAUUAAGAUGAUCCAUGACAUGAAAUCAGAACCUGAUGCGGUUACAUGGAGAGCGUUGCUUGGCUCAUGCAGGGUUCACCAAAACAUUGAUCAUGCAGUUUAUGCUGCCAAACAAAUUCUGGCCUUGGAUCCUGAUGAUGCAGGAACCUACAUACUUUUAUCCAAUCUUUAUGCAAAGUCUCAGAUGUGGGAAGAUGUUGCAAAAGUGAGGAAGAUAAUGAGAGACAAAGGAGUCAUGAAGGAACCGGGAUGUAGCUGGAUUGAAGUGAAUAAAAAAGUACAUGCUUUCGUUUUAGGAGACAAUUCAAAUCCACAACUAGAUGAAGUGAUUAGAGAAUUAAAUAAGCUAAUCCUUAGAUUAAAGCAAGUGGGUUAUGUUCCAGAUACAAAUUUUGUUUUACAUGAUCUUGAAGGGGAACAAAUGGAAGACUCUCUCCUUUAUCACAGUGAAAAGCUGGCAAUCAUGUUUGGCAUGAUGUACUCAGUAAAGGGGAAGGCUAUCAGGAUUAGAAAAAAUCUCAGGAUAUGUGGGGAUUGCCAUGUUUUUACAAAACUUUUGUCCAAGAUUGAGGAUUGUUACAUUGUUAUCAGGGACCCAAUUCGUUACCAUCAUUUCCGAGAUGGAAUUUGUUCAUGUGAGGAUUUCUGGUAGCAUCGUAUGAGGAUCACUGGAUUUUAACUAACCAUACAGAUACUAGCACGGGUAUCAUUGAGGAUUAUUACAUACUUACAUCAUUAUUAGGGACCCCAUUCAUCACCAUCAUUUCAGUGAUGAAUUUUACUUAUGUGAGGAACUGAGGAUUUAUGGUAGCCUUGGAUAAGAAUUACCGGAUUUUAACUAACCAUACAGAUACUCACUAUGGGUGCUUAAACCCUGCUGUGGAUUAGUCUGGGCUGCUUGGUGAAGUUAUUUAACCAAGCUACCAGAAGCACAAAAGUAACAUUAUCAACAAGUGAUAUGUCAAGGCUGGAGGCAAAACCUAGACAUAAGUUUAAUUUUACAGGUUAUCGAGGUUUCACCCAACUUUUGCAAGAUAAAUGGAUAUCUAGGAUUGCACAUUUCUUUCUCUACUGCUAAACUGGUGGAUAAUCCAAAAAUGAUUUUGCUGUGUUUUUUAAA